AUGAUGGACCUUAUUGAACAUGAAAUGGAAAUGUAUUACGCGCUUAAUACUCCUGGAUGUCCAAUUGAAGAACUACGUAGAGUCUAUGCGAAGCGAAACGGCCAAUCAUGUCAGGGGGAUGAACAAAACCAAACGGAGCCUGACAUGCAACACUUCGGCUUCCUGCAUAUGGAUAUCCGCGUCUCGGCUGGUAGUAAACAUCUCCUUCAGCCCUCCCUACUGUAUGUUAGAUCUUCAAACUCGGGUGCUUCAAGAUCUCAAGUUGUUAACGGGUUCUAUCGUGAUUGUGAUGGCUCUGUCACUCGUAUUCACCAGAAGCUCGGAAAUAUAGGUGGUAAAUAA